AUGUACGCGCUGCACGAGCACUUCCCCGUCAUCCCUGAGCCCAUCCGGGACUACAUUGAGGAGGUGAAGGCUCAGUUGGAGGAGGUGACAAACUCGCCGGACCUUCCGCUCGAGGAGAAGGCUGCCUUCUUGAAAGAGACGCGCCACGCCUUUGGCCGCACGGCGCUGGUGCUCAGCGGCGGCGGCUCCCUGGGCGCUUUCCACCUGGGCGUGGUCAAAGCACUGCUGGAGCACGGCAUGCUGCCCAGGGUGCUGGCGGGGUCCAGCGUGGGAUCCAUAGGUGCGGCGGGCCUGGGCAGGCCUGGGCGGGCGGGCAGGCUGUGCACCUGGGGCAAGCUCAGCGCCAUCCAGUGCAACUGCGGCAUCGAGUCGACCCUGGAUGCCUGCAUACAGCAGGUGUCCACCUGGGAGCGCCAGGAGCGGCGCAAGCGGGCGGCGGCGGCGGCCGCGGGCGGCGGCGGCGGCGCCGGCGCCGGCUGCGGCGCCCCGCUCAAGUCGCGCAUCCCCUCCUGGAUGCACCUGCCCUCCGCGGUGGCCAAGAGCGCCAGCCAGGACUCGCUGGCGGGCUUUGACAAUGACGGCAUUUACGACGACGACGACCACCUGCCUCUGCCAGAGGAGCGCGCCGUGGGAGGGCCGCGGGCCUACUUCCCGGCCGCGGCCUUUGACUGCAUUGACACCAGCGCCAACGUGUGGGGCGGCGGCGGCGGCGGCGGGCCGGGCAGCCCGCGCGGCGCCGCCGGCUUUGCCACCCUCGCCCGCAUGCACCAGAGCACCGACAGGCUGGACGCCAUCGCACCCUGA